CUCGGAUCCAGUUGAGUUACCCAGGAACGAGUGCGCCACCGGCGCCACGGGUGACAGGCGCGUCCAUGUGCGCGCCGAAUUCGGGCAUACUGGGUGGGGAGUUCUCUGGUGUCCAAGCCAGGUGUCUGGUCUGGGACUAGAGUCCAGUCCCGGCGUCGACGACGGUGGUAGCAGGUAACAGUCGACAUAGAUCGAUCCGCAGCGUGUCGAGGAUCAUUUUGCAUUCCUCGACGAGGACGCCACAGCAGCGCACAUGGCGACCGACUUUAAGCCGUACAAAACUCCCGCUGGGAUGACCGCCGUGGCUGUGCUCGAAGAGCCGUACGAGUACUACCACACUCACGACGAAGCGCCCAACUACCUAGGGAAGACGGUCCUGGGCCACAUCAUUCAGUACUUUGUGAUUGGGAUGCUCCUCGGGUCGAUUUCGAGCUUGAAUGGACCGUUCUUUGCCACGUAUUUUCACAUGGAUCCUGCCCAAGCCAACUUGGCCAAGGCCUUCACGGCCAUCGUGUGGAGCUGCAAAGUCGGGUUCGGUAUCGUCACCGACUGCUUUCCCAUCAUGGGCUACCGCCGCAAGUCGUGGAUGGUCAUCGGGUGGACGUUGUGUCUCAUCUCGAUGCUCGUGCUGUGCUGCAAAGACCACGGUGCCCCGUACGUGCCAGACGCCCGCCUCCUCGCCACCAAGCGCAACCUGACGGCUUCCGAAAAAGCCCAAGUUGCUUCCCCCAACGUGCACGCUCCCAACAACGGCCUCGUCGCAGCGGCCAUGUGCGGUGUCGUGACGGUGUUUUACGUGAUGGCAGACGUCGCGGCCGACUCGAUGAUCGUUGAGAUGUCGUUGAAAGAACCCGACCACAAGCGUGGUCGGCUCUUGGCGUACGUGUAUGGCUCGCGCAACCUCGGAUCCGCCCUCGUGCAAGUCAUGAUCGGGUCGUUCCUUAACUCGCCCAUGUAUGGCGGCGACUACGCUUGGGGACUUAGCGUAAACGAGUUCUUUGCCGUGCUAACGGCACCCGUGGCCCUCAUGCUGCCCGUUGUGCUCUUCAUGCUCAAGGAAGUGCACCGUCCUGUGGUCAACUGCCCGCAGUACCUGGCCGAGUUUUGGCACAUGGUCCAAACCCGUCCGUUCUGGCAAACCCUUUUGUACGCAUUCUUCUUCAACCUGUUGUCGUCCGUCGUGUUUGUGGCAGCGACUCCAGUUGUGAAAUAUGAAUGGGCCGAAGUCGACAGCCUGCACAACCGGUGGAUGACUGCGCUCAGCGCAGUGUUAAACUUGAUCGGGCUCUGGUUUGUCAGCCACGUCGUGAACCAGUGCAACUGGCGGAGGAACAUCGUGGUUGCGAUGCUCAUUUACGUGACCAUCGGCGCGACCGUGGACUUUUUCACAAUCUACAACGUUGUCCGGUCCGAAUGGCUGACGCUGUGUUGCGGCGCGAUCAACUCGAUUAUGGACGGCGUGUACUUUUUGAGCGGCUGUAUCAUCAACGUCGAGCUGGCCCAGGAAGGCAAGGAAGGUGUGACGUACGGCAUGCUAACCACGAUGGCCAACGUCGCGUAUGUUUUUACGCCGUUCAUCGGGCACAUUCUGAUGACCCCGUUUACGCUGGAUGACGAGGUGAAGAACGAAUACGACAGCCCCAAGAAGCGAUACCUGGUCGCAGUGCCGCUUAUCAUCGGGUACUCGUGCUCGAUCGUAGCAUGUGGGUUUGUGCUGCUCUUGCCCAAACAACGCGAGCACAUUCGGUUCAUGAAGGCAUACGGCGGUCGACAGCCAGUGUGGGCUGGACUCACGCUGUGCAUUUGUUUCGCCAGCGUCGUGUUCACCGCAGUGACGAGUAUUCUCUCCGUCUUCCCCACAACACGGUGCUUGGCCCUCGGCGGUGGCACCGACUGCUAGUAGGGCAACAACGUUACUUUAUUUGUGAUGCGCGUGUCUAAAAUAUCUGUUUGAAUUGGACCUGGUGCUGGUU